AUGGCCGACCCGGGACACCGCGAGCGAGGCCUCAAGGCGGCCAUCAAAAACCCGCGGGUUUCGGAAGAGGCCAAGCAGCGUGACCGCGAGAUCCUGGAGAACGAUGCUGACGAGAUUGUUCUGUGCAGUGCCGGCGGCUACAAGGCGGCCAUCAACAACCCUCAUGUCUCGGAGAAGGCCAAAGACCGCGACCGCAGGAAGCUGCACGACAUGGGAGAGAUUUAG